CCAUCGUUAACCCCCCAAACCGCACCACCCCUGAAGAAAAAAACGAAAAAUUCUGUCGCCGUUGGCUCUACCCACCGCCUUCUUUCGCGGGGUCUAACGUGCUCCCGACUCCCGAGCUAAGGCUUUGCCCAUCUCUCUCUGGGGACAGGAAUCAGAAGAGGAAGCGGGAGUGAUCAAGAAUCAGAGCUACCUUCUCUUCCUCCUCUUCGUCGCCUUCACAACGCCGGAGGAAGGAUGAGGAAACGCGAUCUGGGGAUCCUCCUUCUCGCCGCCUUCGCCAUCUUCUUCUCUCUCCAGCAUGAAGGUGAUUUUUCCUUCAAGGAGGCGUGGUUCCAUCUCUCCGAUGAAUUCCCGAUCAGGUACGAAGCCGAUCGUCUCCCGCCGCCGAUCGUGGCUGAUCUGAACGGUGACGGAAAGAAAGAAGUCCUCGUCGCCACACACGAUGCAAAAAUUCAGGUUUUGGGGCCCCACAGCGGGCGUGUGGAUGAAGGAUUUACUGAAGCACAAGUGCUAGCUGAGGUGUCCUUGCUGCCAGACAAGAUCCGCAUAUCAUCUGGGAGACAUCCUGUUGCAAUGGCUGCAGGUGUUGUUGAUCGCUCGUAUAAGCAUGGGGAAAUAAAGAAGCAGGUUUUAGUUGUUGUUACAUCAGGCUGGUCAGUUAUGUGUUUUGAUCACAAUCUCAAAAAGCUAUGGGAACAUAAUUUACAGGAGGAGUUUCCUCAUGGUGCUCACCAUAGGGAGAUAGCUAUUUCGAUAAGUAAUUAUACACUGAAGCACGGUGAUGCUGGAUUAAUUAUUGUAGGAGGCAGGAUGGAAAUGCAACACCAUAACUCUAUCGAUCUGUUUGAGGAAAAUAUGAUGUUGGAAAAAGAUGGUGAGAUGCACCGAAGAAGUGCUAAAGAAAAAGAGACCCCUGGAUCUGGUACUGUAGACCUACGCCAGUUUGUAUUUUAUGCUUUUGCUGGUCGGUCUGGCACACUGCGGUGGCAUAAAAAGAAUGAAAAUAUCCAGGUGCAACCCUUGGAUGCAACACAAUUGAUUCCACAACAUAAUUACAAGCUUGAUGUUCAUGCUAUGAAUGUUCGUCAUCCUGGAGAGUUUGAAUGUAGAGAAUUUAGAGAAUCAAUUCUUGGAGUCAUGCCACAUCAUUGGGAUAGGCGGGAAGAUACUUCUUUACAACUGGCACACUUCAGAAGGCAUAAAAGGAAAAUAUUGAAGAAAACACCCGGGAAAGUUACUACAAGUCCUUUCCAUAAACCUGUUGAACACAAUCCACCUGGGAAGGAUUCAUCUAAUAAAAUUGCGAAUGUGAUUGGCAAAGCUGCAGAUUAUGCUGGCUCAGCAAAAUCCAAGAAGAGGUCACUUUACAUCCCUACCAUAACAAAUCAUACUCAAGUAUGGUGGGUUCCAAAUGUAGUCGUUGCACAUCAGAAGGAAGGAAUAGAGGCUGUUCAUCUCGCAUCGGGCCGCACCAUUUGCAAGCUUCAUCUACUAGAAGGCGGCCUUCAUGCUGAUAUUAAUGGAGAUGGUGUUUUAGAUCAUGUUCAGGUUGUCGGGGGGGAUGGAGCUGAGCAGACUGUUGUAAGUGGUUCUAUGGAAAUGCUGAAACCUUGUUGGGCAGUUGCUACAUCAGGUGUACCAGUACGAGAGAAGCUCUUCAAUGCUUCCAUCUGUCAUCAUCAUCAUUUCAAUAUAUUCCAACAUGGAGACUUCGCAAGAAGCUUCGGUAGGACUGCUGAUAUAGGUAGUUUAGAGGUGGCAACACCUAUACUGGUACGCAGAGAUGAUGGGCAUAAGCAUCGGAAAGGAAGCCAUGGUGAUGUUGUCUUUCUGACAAAUGGAGGAGAGGUUACCUCUUACUCCCCAGGCUUGCAUGGUCAUGAUGCCACGUGGAGAUGGCAACUCUCAACUAGUGCAACUUGGUCCAAUCUUCCAUCUCCAUCUGGAAUGAUGGAAAAUGUGGUGGUGCCCACUCUGAAGACUUUCCCUCUGCAAGCGCACGAUGAUAAAGAGGUCAUAAUUGCAGCUGGUGAUCAAGAGGCUGUAGUGAUUUCUCCGGGGGGCAGCAUACUGACUUCGAUAGAGUUGCCCGGGCCUCCCACUCAUGUGCUGGUCUUAGAGGAUUUUUCUGGUGAUGGUCUAACUGAUGUUAUUCUUGUAACUUCGGGGGGAGUUUAUGGUUUCAUACAGUCUAGGCAGCCUGGAGCCCUGUUUUUUAGCACCCUUGUUGGCUGCCUGAUAGUUAUCAUGGGAGUCCUGUUUGUUUCCCAGCACCUGAACUCCAUUAACAAGGGCAAACCUAGAGGCUUGCAUUGAUUAUAGGCCUAUUGUCUCCUCACAGUGAAGGUACCCAUUACUUCGUUCCCCUGGCUUGGAAAACAACGGAGGCUAGACAAAACAAAGAGCAACAGGACACAGAUAUCUGUUAGAUGUAGUGAAUCAAACAAUCAGGUUAAACAAUUACCUUACCUCAAGAUUUAAUCCUUGUUUGCUUAUUUGGUUCCAGGGAAAAUUAGCGAAACUGUUUUUAUGUUUCAUGUAACUCAACUUUUGCCUCCUUUUCCUGCAUUGCGCUGCAAAGUAGUUACCAUGGGGCUGCUCGUUAUCAUGAUCUCGCAUAUUUGCGU